AUGGAUAAAUAUAAUCAAGUAAAACCCUUGAACUUGCAUCAAUCAAAUUCUGGUAGGGGUGAUGACACUCCUGUGCUGCCUGGUGUAACAAAUAGUUUUACAAAUAAUAACAAUGGACCUGAGGAUAAAGGUGUGUGGGUACACACAGGUCAAUCUACAGCAUCAAACUCUUACACUAUAGGGUACACUGGAUUUAAGGGAGUGGAUUAUGGUAGUACUGUGCUUCAACAGCAUUAUAGUUUUAAUCCUGGCAUUGAAGCUAUACCCAAGCCGACUAGAAAAGGAAACUUUCUUUCCGUUUCUGAUACCGUACGUAAACCCGAUUAUUCUCUAUUCUUUCCUGCUGAGGACACAAAUGCGAGCAAACCUCCUGGAUUGGUUAGCUGGAUUGAUAGACAAUACGCAAGAGCCUUGAAGGAAAAGUUUAGUGAGGUGAAGAUGCAGAUGUUCAUCAGCCAAGCUAAUAAGUUGAUUGCUAAGGCUUAUGCCUCUGGGAAGGAGUGGCAGAAUGAUUGGUUUCAACAGCCUCCUGUACCCGUAUUUAGUCGGGGUGGCACGACACCUCCUAUGCAACUAUUAUGUGAGAAGAAGUCCACUUCGAGUGGCGGGAAAAGAAAAGGUGGCAGUUCGGACGAAGCAUCGCAGAGGAUCUUGUUUCCUGAAUCACAUAAUAUUAUGUCCAAAAGCUUGACUAGUAGCUCUGAGCUUUCUAAUUCUCCAGUAAAUACGUCGCAGACCAAAGCUCACCGUGGCCAGCGUCAAACGACGCUUUCCGAGCAAGAGAAGAAGAGACUGCGACUGGAAAGGUUUAGUUCUGGUCCUGCUUCCAAGAAGGCCAGAAUUAGCGACGAAGAGGACUAUUCCAACUUAAAUGCAACAAGUAACCAUUCUUACAAAUUCGAUAGGAACAAGCCCGUAGUAGGGCGAUGCAAAACCUUGGAAAAGCAAUAUCUUAGAUUGACGAGUGAGCCUGAUCCAGAGAAGGUGCGCCCGUUGCCCGUCCUUGGGCAAGCGUAUCAACUAAUUAUACACAAAUAUAAGAAGGAGCAUGCCAAAUAUGCAUAUGUCUGUGACCAAUUUAAGUCUAUUCGUCAGGAUUUAAAGGUUCAGAUUAUUGAAAACGAUUUUACUUUAAAAGUGUAUCAAACUCAUGCCAGAAUAGCUUUAAUGAAUGGAGAUUUGGGGGAAUAUAAUCAGUGCCAAGGAAGUAUAAAUGAAUUAUUCGAAUCUGGAAACGUCCAGAAGAAGAACUUUGCUGAAUUUAUAAGCUAUCGAGUGUUGUACAACUUACUAACGGAAGACCAUGCUGCAAUCAAUGAAAUAAGGCUUCAAUUGUAUCAAGAAGAUGCAUCUCUAUAUGAAAAUUCCAUGAUAAAACUUGCCUUAGAUCUAGCAACUGCACAAUACCAAGAAGAUUAUCACUCUUUUAUGAAAAUGUAUGCCAAGAGUGAAGGGCCAAUGAGAUGUUUGCUUGACCAAUUUAUUAAAAGAGAACGUCUAAGGGCCUUGAAAACGAUGUGCUGCGCUUACAAUCAGCUAAAGUUGACAUUCUUGGUAUCGGAAUUACAUCUUCAGAGUGAAGAUGAGACGUUCCAAUUCUUAAACGAUUUUGAAUUAUUUAAUGCUGUCGUGCUACCGGAAGGUGACGCAGACACAAUGUACUUGAACUUCAAGGAAUGCCGAUCGAUAAUCUUGAAUCAUUAUAAGAAGUCAAUGAAGGUAGACAUAAAAGGACAAAAGUAA